AUUUUUGUCCUUGAAAGGCCUCCAGUUAUUUUCUUUUACUAUAAUAUUCCCAUCUCUGUGAAGUCGACACGUGUUCCCUUUCUGCAGCACGUUUGUUGUUUUUUUUUCUUUUAAAGAAAUUACAAAUUUACAUAUAUAUAGCUUGUGUCCAGCCAGCCAGCCUGCCUGUGCCUACUUCAUUGAGUUGAGGUUCCUUACAUUUGUUGUUAUAACUCAAGUCUCUAUCUUCCUUCAUAGUCCCUUCCCAUUCUCCAGCUCGCCGUCGCUCUCCAUUACUGCUUUCUCAAAGUGUGAUUUUUGUCACUGCUGGGUGACACGCAGAUGCAAUUCUCACUGCUUCACUUUCUGGCCUAGAUUGCUAAGCCGCCCCUCUCCUCACAUUCUGUUUAAAUUUGGCAGAUACAUUUUACAUUCUGUUGUUUCCAUGGAGUUCAAUCGGGUUCUUGCUAUACUGGUUUGUAUCACAGCCAUUUUGUUGGUGGAGAAUUCGAGCAAUGUGCAGGGAAGAUACCAUUUUCACAAGGGACAGAAGAAACAGAAGCCGGACGAGGAUCCCUCUGUUCCAUCCCCUGUUUAUUCACCGCCACCAGAAGAGGCGGUUCCUUCAUCUCCUGCUGAGCCAGCUCCUUCACCUCCUGCUGAGCCAGCUCCAUCAGUGCCAUCGGAUCCCUACCCAGACGAUCCCCGAAACUCAACUUCUGAUUGUGUCUUCGACGUCACAGAUUAUGGCGCGGUCGGAGAUGGCUGCACCGAUGACACUGCUGCCUUCAGGGCAGCAUGGAAAGCAGCCUGUGCUGUAGAAUCUGCCACUAUUCUAGUUCCCUCCGAUCAUUGCUUCAUAAUUACUUCAACAAUCUUCUCCGGACCUUGCAAACCAGGACUCGUGUUUAAGGUGGAUGGGUCCCUGAUGCCACCAGACGGACCAGAGUCGUGGCCGAAGGCAGACAGUGUGCGGCAAUGGCUGGUGUUUUACAGGCUGGAUCAGAUGACAAUGACUGGAACUGGAACCAUUGAAGGGAAUGGCCAGAAAUGGUGGGAGUUGCCAUGCAAACCACACCGGGUAGGGUACCCACAUUACAUUUAUCCACUUCACUAUCAUUCUUUCAGUUUCAACCAAAGACUAAACUAUUUUUCACUUCAGGGUCCGAAUGGGUCGACUCUUCCAGGACCAUGCGACAGCCCUGCGUUAAUAAGAUUCUUCAUGAGCAGCAAUUUGGUGGUGAGCGGCUUGCGAAUCCAAAACAGUCCUCAGUUCCAUAUGAAAUUCGAUGGGUGUGAAGGAGUUCUGAUAGAAAAGCUGUCAAUAUCUUCCCCGAAGCUGAGUCCCAACACCGAUGGAAUCCACAUUGAGAAUACCAAAGGGGUUGGAAUAUACAACUCCAUGAUAUCUAAUGGUGAUGAUUGCAUUUCAAUCGGGCCUGGCUGUGCAAAUGUGGACAUUGAAGGCGUCACUUGCGGGCCCAGUCAUGGGAUUAGCAUUGGGAGCUUGGGUGUCCACAAUUCUCAGGCAUGCGUUUCCAACAUAACAGUGAGAAAUGCAGUGAUAAGAGACUCGGACAAUGGAGUGAGAAUAAAGACAUGGCAAGGAGGGUCGGGUUCGGUGAGCGACAUCUUGUUCGAGAACAUACAGAUGGAGAAUGUUAGAAACUGCAUCAUAGUUGACCAGUACUACUGCUUAUCCAAGGGCUGUCUGAACCAGACCUCAGCUGUGUUCGUGAACCAAGUGUUGUACAGGAACAUCAAGGGAACUUACGACGUCAGGAACACUCCAAUUCACUUUGCAUGCAGCGACACGGUGGCCUGCACAAAUAUCACAAUGUCUGAAGUAGAGCUGCUCCCACAUGAGGGCGAGUUGGUGGAAGAUCCUUUCUGCUGGAAUGCAUAUGGGAUUCAGGAGACCUUGACCAUUCCACCCAUUGAUUGUUUGCAAGAUGGACAACCUCAGAAUGUUGCAGAGACCUCUGAAUAUAGCUGCUAAACACUGCUUCUCUUAGGUUUACAAGUUUAAGAACAAUAAUAAAUAAUACCGUAUACAGCCUCCACACCACCCAAGAGCCAUUUUCUGUGAAUGGGUCUUGAUGAUUAUUAUUCGCUUAGGCUCCAACUCCAUCCCUUUCUGGGUUCAUUUUUUAAUCCUCCCAUAUUGAGUGAUGUGAUGCCCUGUACUAUGUACCUCGUAAUUUACACUAAUAAAUGCAGCUUUAUGUUCAAGUUA